GUCAAAUUUGGCUUCGAAACUCGUUUGUUAUUAUUUAUUUCGAUGAAACGUGUUAAGGAUUAAUCUGUACGCGAAAAAAGCAGCAGAAGGAAAAGUUCUUUAUUAUUAAGAAUGAAGAUAACAAAACACAAGAAAACUCGUAAAUAUAUGAGUUUUUAUAUAAACAAUUUUGGAUUCCGCGAACCAUUGCUUGUGCUGAUCGAUGGCAGUUUCUGUAACGCUGCGUACAAGGUGCGGCUACAAAUAGAAGAGCAGUUAAAGAAGUACUUCCAGUGCGAGGUGAAACCGAUCGUGACGGCAUGUAUCAUCACGGAGACGGAUAAUCUUGGCCCGGCAUUCAUCAGCAUCAGUCAGCUGUUGAAGAAAUUUCUAGUACAUCGUUGCGGGCACGAAAAACAACCGCUCGAUGGUGCGGCAUGCAUUAAGGCGAUGACGAAAACAUGCCACUACAUCGUUGCAACGCAGGACCGCGCACUGCAGCAAUGGGUACGGGACAGUCCGGGCAUACCACUGUUUUACCUGCACAAUGGAUCCGUUCCGACGUUGGUUCAACCGUCCGAGGCGCACCGUCAGGCGGCUACUGAUGGGCAGAAAAACCGCAUCGGAAUACGUGAGCUCGAUCAAUCGACGAUACAAAAAUUAAAAGCGAAAGAAGGUAUUACUGCGCCUGAUACUAACGUUCGUAAGAAGCCCAAAAAACCCAAAAAUCCUAACCCACUUUCGUGCAAAAAGUCGAAGAAAAAGAAAAAUGCUACAAAUGGAAAAAGUGAACCGGCCGCAAAUGAUGAUAGUGGAAAGGUUAAGAAAAAGAGUAGAAAACGGAUUAAACUACCGAAACACGUUAUUGAGCAUUUGAAAUCAUCGAAUGGAUUGCAAAAUAAAGAAAGUAAAUAAAAUACCAAGUAAUAAGUAAUAA